GCCUGUGUGUGUGGACCUGGUGCCUGCGCUCCCUGCGCUCCCUGCGCUCCCUGCGCCCCCCGGCUUCUGUCCCAGCCUCUGGUGGCCUGGCAGGUUGAGGUCACCUUGGCCCUGGUGGUGUGUGUUUGGGCUCGGCCCCCGCCCGCCCCCUGUGUGUCUCCUGGCUGGCGCUCUGGUCCAGUCAGGCCCCCCCGCCUCAACGCUGGCCAUGUCAAGAGUCCCGAGUCCCCCCCCCCCGGCGGACAUGUCCAGCGGUCCUGUGGCUGAGAGCUGGUGUUACACUCAGAUCAAAGUAGUGAAGUUCUCCUACAUGUGGACCAUCAACAACUUCAGCUUCUGUCGUGAGGAGAUGGGCGAGGUCAUCAAAAGCUCCACCUUCUCCUCCGGAGCCAAUGACAAACUCAAAUGGUGUUUGCGUGUGAACCCCAAGGGGCUGGACGAGGAGAGUAAAGACUACCUGUCGCUCUACCUGCUCCUGGUCAGCUGUCCCAAAAGCGAGGUGCGCGCCAAGUUCAAGUUCUCCAUCCUCAACGCUAAGGGAGAGGAGACCAAAGCCAUGGGUGAGCCGUAGCUCUGUAGGAAC